AUGUCUGGGCUGUCCGCGACAUACGUGCUUGACCCCGACCAGUCAGAGCCGGUAAAGUUCAAUUACCAGACCGACAAAUACCAUGUCUGUCCCGACUGCGCAAGAGCUCAUGAGCUGAGAACAUGCAACGGAGAAAUCACCAUCACUUUCGAGUUUUGUGAGAACCAUUUGGAUGCACCAAAGAACCCCUGCUUCGAUCAAGUCCUCUUGGACGAGAUUCGCGAAGACAUUCAUACACUUUACCCCUUCGAUAGCUCACUUGAUACGACGUCUGCAGAAUGCAAACCUAUCCUCUUGUAUGCCGACUACUCAUAUGUCAGCAAAUGGGACAAAACCAAACCAGCCGAACCAGUCAUCUUCUACGCUCACACCAAAGGCUGCUCUCGAAGUGAGUCACCUGAAGUUCUCAUCAUCUCCGCCAAUGCAAUCGCCCUCAUGGACGACAUCGCGACCAAACGACUUCACAACAUCAUCACCAUCCUCGACGCGAACAUCCAAACCUCCGAGCACCCCAAACUCCUGGGAGAACGGACUCGCCUGGAAUCCUGUCUCUCCGCAUGCAAAACCGCCAAGGGCAUGUACAUGAAGCGUUGCAACGGGGAAUACCGCAACUCUCUCGACGACGAGAUUAUUCCGGACCCAACUGAACCCAAUGGCUACCGUCCCUCUGACAUGGGCUAUGCCAUGCUUGAUAUGGAAGGCCCCUGCGAGAAAAAGCGCUGGACGUACGGCGACAACGGCUGGCCCAACCCAAUCCCCACCACAUUCACGUACAAGAAACUCAAGAUCGAACUGGGCAAAGUCGCCGAAGGAAAGGCCACUGAGCAUGACUUUCUCGUGACCGUAUGGUACAGCACGCGCAGCGGCAAGAGAAGCGAGGCCUGGUUGAAGGAACGCCUGGAGCUGCAGCGUAAGUCCAAGUCCAGAGGCUAG